AUCUCCGUGCUCGUCGGCAUAUUCUAAAUGUCUUAGCCCUCUAGAGCCUCUAGCUACAGCACCUUUGGGCAAUGUGGAAGAACUGAGAUUACAGACUUGUUCUUCAGAACAGUUUCACACACGUUGCUUUGGAUUAGAGCAUCUGUUUUUUGAUGUUGAGUUUCUGAUAGAGUUUAAACGAGCACUCCUUUCUCCACACCGGUAUUGUGCCAUGAUUGUAGAAUCAGUGUUUGGACAACACAACAGACAACCUUUCUUCAUCUAAAUGGUUCUGACCUUCUGACCUCCACUGUGAAGGUCAUGCUGAAAGGCUAACAGGGUUGUGUUCCUGCCAGACCAGAUAAUCUGCUGUUUGGUCUGUGGUUACUGUUUGGGUUAUUGAUCCUGAAUGAAGAUGGAGAACCCUUACAUGCUCCAAUGGAUAUAUGCUGUGACUGGUGACAGACUGUGAGGCGCUAACAUGGAGAUGGCAAGAAUGGGGGAUCUGGAGGGGAAUCAGUCGCAGAAGCCUUCCUCUACGAGUUCUGCAGUCGCUGGCUCCUUCCUAAAUGACAGCUCAACUGAGAACAGAGAAGAUGCUUUCCCACUUGAGUUCUUCACCUGCGAGGCGAGGAAGCCGAACCAUGACACGCCCCGGCUGGAGAGUGAUGCUGAACGUGUCAAUCACAACAACGUUGACCUAAUAGUACCGGCGUCUUCUCUGAGGUGUGGCAUGGAGGCAUUCAGAAGCUCCAGGUCUCUCGCUGACCUGCUGCUCCCCGGUGACCUGAUUAUAAAGUCAACUCAGCACCAUUGUGAUAAGCUCACGGCCCCUGCUUCUCUUCUGAAGAGGGAUACCGUCUUUAACGACCGUGUUCCUGUGAAUUCUUCUGCGAUGACUGAACUGAAUCGCAGCGACUCUGGUCAGGUGGAGGAUCUGUAUCUAAGUUCUGUUCCUUCUGUGAAAACAGGGCCAUUGAACCCAACUGAGAUGUUGUCAGAAGGACCUUUCCUGAAUGGCCAUGUGCAGAACGUUCUGGUCCACAGUGAGGAUCCCUGCUCCAUGCCUCACUUGCUGGGUCUCUGUGAAGACCACCCCCUACCUCUCUCUCUCCACUUGUCUACCUGUGAAGACCACCCCCGACCUCUCUCUCUCCCCCUGUCUAGCUGUGAGAGAUUCUGGGAGAUGCCUCGCAUUAUCAAACACAAGCCCGGCUCCAUCACCUUUUCAGAUCACACCUGCCUCUCCAGUUCGGACCAGAGCGUGGUCAAUAACGACAGCUCAGACAGCAGGGAGUCUUCCUCUGAGGAGGACAAUGAGAUCACCAAGCUGCCUGGGAGCAGGGAGGACCUGCUCAGUCACCUCGGUCCAGGUGGGCUGAAGAGGACCCUACCCAGCAGCCCUGUUGCAGAGCCCACUACCGGUUGCCUGUUCCUUGGAUACAAUGCUGAGCAGGAGACCAGCUCAGAGGAGUGUCCAGCUGUCCAGUCCCCCUGGUCUGAGUGUAUGAAAAAGCUGAUGAGCAAACUGGACCAGCUCAACCUGGACAUAGAGGAUGCCCUAAGCACUAGCCCCUCCCCCUCGGGCACGCCCGGCACCGCCCGCAAGCUGCAGUGCCCGGCUGCUUCGAGGACUGCCGUAAACCAGUCUCCUACCGACACCAAUAUCCUGGAUAGAGCCGUCGGAGCAGAAUGCCUGAGCCAAGACAGGUCCUCCGCUCCCUGUAACACAUCCAUCGGACUGAGAGCAAACACCAGGGAGACAGCGAUGUCCAGUAAGAAGACCAAUGAUGGAGCAGAACUCGAAGCUAAGGAAGCAUGUGACUGGCUGCGAGCAGCAGGAUUCCCUCAAUACGCCCAGUUGUUUGAAGACUCUCAGUUUCCCAUUGACAUCUCUUCCGUGAAGAAGGAUCAUGACUUCCUGGACAAAGAUCUUGUGGAACCCCUCUGCAGGCGCCUCAAUACCUUGAACAAGUGUGCCUCUAUGAAACUUGACCUAAACCUUCCUAAGAAGAAAAGUGAAGACUCAGAUGAGGACGACGUAUUUGCUAUCAGUGACAAAUGGACCUUUGAGUGGAGCAGCCGGCGUUGGUCUAGGCUUCAGGACAUCGACUGUCUGCUGGGUCCGCAUGGAGCGGGCCAGGGUGCCAGGGACGGCCCGGCUCUGAGGACCACUGCCAGCAGUGAGAGUGUUGUGACGGACUUGAGUGAGCCGGAGGUGUCCUCCCUCCACAGUGAGAGCAGCGGGGGCAGCGGCCACAGGGGCCUCAGCACUGAGGACUCAGACUGCUCCAACCGCACCUGCCCCGACUCUGCUGCCAUGCCUGACUCCACCUCUCUCACGCUGCCCCACCUCCCCAAGGACCUCUCCCACUAUGGCUCUCUGCCCGACAAGCACGGCCGCGCUGGCCGCGUGCGGGCCAAAGAUUUUUUACGGCGCAUGGAGACGCUGCGCUCGCGGGGUACGCUGGGGAGAGGCCGCAAGGCGCUGGUGAUCAGUGCCCCCGUGCUGCAGCAGGAGUCGCGGGCGCUGAGGACGCAGCACUGUGUCGAGAUCAUCAACGGAGAACUGGGCUCCAUGGAGGCCCCCCCCAGCCGAGGCCUGUCCUCCCAGUUCCAGUCCAGCAGUGAGGGCAGCAGCCACUCCAGCGGCAGUACCGUCAGCACCCCCAGCCUGAGGGAGCGCAAGCCCCACAGGGACAAGCGCAGCGGCAUGUACCUGGAGGACGUGGACAUCUUCCCCGGCAGCCAGGUGAAGAGGGUGGCUGAGCAGAACCGCAGGAAUGAGUUCCGUUCCUAUGAAGACCUGGUCGUCCACAUCCCCAAAGACCACAAGCCAGGCACCUUUCCAAAAGCACUAUCCAUAGAGAGCUUGUCCCCCACCAAGAGGACCUCCAUCAACUUGCACACAGGCAGCAUGCACCUGGACGCACAACUGCCCCCCAGCCAUAAGGAGGUCAGGCCCUUGACCCAGUGUUGCCCCAGGGGCAGCCGCCUCAGCGUGUACGACAACGUCCCUGGCUCCCACCUGUACGCCAGCACCGGCGACCUGAUGGACCUGGAGAAAGAGGACCUAUUCCCCCAUCUGGAUGACAUUCUGCAGCACGUUAACGGUCUGCAGCAGAUAGUAGACCACUGGUCGAAGAAUGUACUGCCCGCAGGAGAGGGGCUGUCGCUGAGACGAGAGGACGGGGAGGAGACCGGGGGCCUGCAGUCAUCCAGCCACAUCACUUUAGACUUUGAGGGAAAUUCAGGCCUGGAGGGCCAUGUGAUGCCCAGCGAGGGAGACAGGGACGGGACGUCCCUCAAUGAGACAGACCCCACUGGGCUCCUGGAGAGGAGGGACUCGGGGGUUGGGGCUUCACUCACCAGGCCUAAUCGCUUGAGAUGGCCCAGCUUCCAGAUAUCCAACCGCCUGAGUCAUUCAGUAGCCUCUCUGCAGAUCACCAACCAAUCAGCAGGCCAGCUGAGUCUGCUGCAGAAGUUUUCCUUGCUGCGACUCACUGCCACCAUGGAGAAGUACUCCAUGUCUAACAAGCAUGGCUGGACCUGGUCAGUGCCAAAGUUUAUCAAGAGAAUGAAAGUGCCAGACUACAAGGACAAGAAUGUGUUUGGCGUUCCCUUGAUGGUGCACGUGCAACGUUCCGGCCAGCCUCUUCCCCUCAGCCUGCAGCAGGCCCUGCGCUACCUGAGGAGCCAGUGCCUGGACCAGGUGGGUCUUUUCCGUAAGUCGGGGGUGAAGUCUCGUAUUCUGGCACUGCGGCAGAUGAAUGAGAGCUCUCCAGACAACGUGAGCUAUGAGGACCAAUCAGCUUAUGAUGUCGCAGAUAUGGUGAAGCAGUUCUUCAGAGAUCUACCAGAGCCUCUUCUCACCAGCAAGCUGGGAGAGACCUUCCUCCACAUUUACCAGUAUGUGCCUAAGGAUCAGAGAUUACAGGCCAUCCAGGCAGCCAUUAUGCUCAUGUCAGACGAGAACAGAGAGGUGCUGCAGACACUGCUCUGCUUCCUAAGUGAUGUCACUUCCAAUGUGGAGGAGAACCAGAUGACCCCUAUGAACAUCGCAGUGUGUCUGGCCCCCUCCCUCUUCCACCUCAACAUCCUGAAGAUGGACAACAUCUCCCCCAGGGCCAUGCAGAAGAAGUACGCCACGGGCCGGCCCGACCAGAAGGAUCUGAAUGAGAACCUGGCGGCAACACAGGGCCUUGCUCACAUGAUCAUAGAGUGCAACCGCCUGUUUGAGAUCCCUCAUGAGAUGGUGACCCAGUCGAGGAACUCCUACGUGGAGGCUGACCUGCAGGCCCCCACCAUGGAGGAGCUGUGUAGGCAGUUGGAGGAUGACGACGGGACCUAUCAAACACACAUGGAGAUCAGACUGCACAUCCUGCUCAAAGAGGCCAGAGAGAAAUCUAAACACUGGGUGUCCUGCCCCAGUACAGACAACACUGAACUCUACUAUAAGAAGGUAGGUGAUGGGAGCCCUCUGCGGCGAUGGCGCGUGUGUGUGGAGGUGGAGGCUCCUCCCUCUGUGGUGCUGAACCGUGUGGUGCGAGAGCGCCACCUGUGGGACGUGGAUCUGCUGCAGUGGAAGGUCCGUGAGACACUAGACAAACAGACAGAGGUGUUCCAAUACGUCCUCAACCGCAUGGCUCCUCACCCAAGCAGGGAUUUUGUUGUCCUCAGGACUUGGAAGACAGACUUGCCCAAAGGCACAUGUUCCCUGUUGUCUGUGUCCAUCGAGCAUGAGGACUGUCCUCUUGUUGGUGGGGUACGAGGUGUGGUUCUGGAAUCCAGCUACCUUCUGGAGCCUUGUGGCUCCGGGAAGUCCAGACUCACACACAUCUGCAGAGUGGACCUAAAAGGGAGGACUCCAGAGUGGUAUAAUAAAGUGUUUGGUCACCUUUGUGCUGCUGAAGCUGCUCGAAUCCGCAACUCCUUCCAGCCCCUGACUGCCCAUGGCCCUGAGACCACCAUCUGACACUGCCGUCAAUGCUCAUUGAUUCAAAUGGAACUCAGGGGCUCCAGGACUGUUUCAUGCUCUGACUAAUGUUGCGCUUCCCUGUACUUGCACAUUAACAAAGGAAGACCUUUUACAGGUGCUGAACUAAAUUACCCAAAGGGGAAAGAAUGAUCCUGCCAAUGACCCUCAGCAUUAUGAUUUUAAGAUGUUUGAUGUGGCUAUAUAUAUAUAUAAUUAUUGUUAUUAUUAUCAUUGUUAAUAUUGUCAUUGUCUAUGAUGUCUAAGACAUUCAAACCUUGAAAAGCUUCUGAGAAGCAUGUAUAUUUUAUUUGUUUAAAAUGUAAAGCUAUAUAUUAGAUAUACUUUGUGUGCACUCAUGCAUUGGUAUAAACCUGCUGUGUGUUAAGCUUGUACUGUGUAUACUGUAUAUAUAAAACACCUUAAUAGGACAAGCAUUAUUGCCUAUAUUGAUUUUCUCAUUGCUCAAGAUUAUUGUUAUACAUACGGUACAAAUUGUAAGCUGGUUUUACUUUGCCUCAAAAGUGCUAUUUUGGAAUUGGUUGUAUUUUAUUUACUUUGACCUUAUCUCGUAAGGUUGUGAAAAAUUGACUCAGGUUUGACGUGAUCUUACCUGUUUUUGGGUACUGGAUUGUGCUUCAGUCGUGUUAUCGAUAAUUCAAUUAAACCAUAA